AUGUCGGUUGCUCCAUACCCACCACCUCGUAAUAAUUACCAUGAACCAAAGAUGAUGCAAACUUCCCACACAUACGGUAAUUCGCCCGCGACAUUCGUGAAAGCACCGCCGUCGAAGACACCCAUCAUCAAGUACACAUAUAUCCGGGAAGAAAAUGGCACAAUAGCCGUCUACCAUCAACCCACCAGGGUGCUGAUGUACCACAUUAUCACUCCAUCCUUGAACAGUCCUCAUGUAUCCAUAGUCGACAAGCACACCUCCGAUGUCAUAUGGAACUCCAGAGUCAUCUCCUCAUCGGAUGUCGGCGGCGCCGAUGGUACCAAGAUCAAACCCACCGCAGAUUGGGAAUGCACAAAUUAUAGCGAUGCACACUUGAAAUCCCAACGAAAUACAUCAAUCAAGUUCGAAAAAUCAUUAAAAGGUUACGUAUGUUCGUGGAAUGGUCGGGUGUUCCUAUGGAAAUUGUAUGGCAGCGGAGGAGAUAUUUAUUGUGUGGAAGGGCUGAGCGGUAUCGGCGAGAGGAUCGCGCAAUUUGAGGACAAAUCGAACACAUUGAUGAUUGAUUUGAGCCGUCGAUUUGCCAGUGUCGAUAACCACAAGAAUAUUGAGGCCAAUUCAGCGGAUUCACUGAAAUCAUUUGAAACCUUCAUCUUGAUGACAGGAUUGAUAGCAAAGAAUUCAGCAAAGAAAUUGCAAUCCAACGUCGUCAAUCGACUGAGCAACAAUUACACUGAUGUCCAUUUGUUUAAUUAUUCUGGAUUGUUUUUAUUUUGUGGCUUGUGUGGAACAUAUUAA